GCGAGCUGGGGAGCGAGCGGGGGAGCGCGCGCCAGAGAGGGAGCGAGAGAACGCCAGCGGACCUCAAGACCGAGGGCGAAAGGAGUGUCGCGGUUCCUGCUAUAAUAACAGCUACUAAAAACCUCCACUAACAGCGAACGCUGGAAGCGGUCCAUCAGCCAAACCUGCUCAAAAUGAUUAUCCAACUCCUAUGGUUUCUUGUCUGCGGCAGUCAAGCUGUUCUGCAGGUAUCCAUAUCCUUGAACAAGGUGGAGCUAAGUGUGGGAGAGUCCAAGUUCUUCAAAUGCACAGUGAUCGGAGAGCCGGUCAACCUGGAAUGGUUUAACCCCCAGGGGGAGCGCAUCGUGUCGUCCCAGCGUGUGGCCCUGCACACCGGGGAGGACAGCUCCAGGCUGACCAUCUAUAAUGCUGAGGUGGAGGACGCGGGCAUCUACCGCUGCCAGGCCACCGACGCCCAGGGACAGACACAGGAGGCCACCAUGGUGCUGGAGAUGUACCAGAAGCUGACGUUCCGCAACGUGAGGUCCCCCCAGGAGUUCCGUCACGACGAGGCGGCAGAGGUCGUGUGUGAUGUCAUUGCCUCCCCGGCACCCGCGGUCACUUGGUUCUACCAAAAGGGCUUCAGGAGCAUGGAGAUCACGGAGGAGCACUACAGCAGGUUCCAGGUGCUGCCCAACAACAACCUGCAGAUCCAUAAGGUGACCAAGGCAGACGAGGGCGUGUACCGCUGCGAGGCGCGAGUGGAGGCCCGCGGCGAGAUCGACUUUGUCGACAUAGAGGUGGUGGUGAAUGUUCCACCUGUGCUGUCAGUACUACAGCAGUCAUUCAAUGCCACAGCAGAUUACCAGGAGUCAGUGACUUUCACCUGCAUCACAUCAGGAUCCCCCAACCCCGAGGUCACCUGGCACAGGAAGGGCCAGCAGUUGGAGAGGUCAGAGCAAUAUGUCCUCAACACCAUGGAGGCAGGCAGGAGUACCCUGACCAUCCGCAACAUCAUCCAGGGGGACGGGGGCGACUAUACCUGCCGAUCCACCAACAAGGCCGGGGCAGAGGAGAGGGAGCUCUUCCUCAAAGUGUUUGUCCAGCCACACAUCACCCAGCUGCGUAACGUGACGGCGGUAGAGGGCAGCGCCGCCAUGAUCUCCUGCGUGGCUGAGGGGGAGCCACUCCCUGAGAUCUCCUGGAGGAGAGCCAGUGACGGUCAGAGCUUCGCCGAUGGAGACAAGAGCCGGGAUGGGCGUGUGGACGUGCGGGGCCGCCAUGGCAAGUCCAUGUUGACCAUCAGUGGGGUGAAGCUAACUGACUUAGGCCGUUUUGACUGUGAGGCCCUCAGCAGGAUUGGGGGCCACCAAAAGAGCAUGUUCCUCGAUAUCGAGUACAUGCCCAAGUUCCAGACCAACCAAACCAUCUUUUACUCGUGGGAGGGCAACCCGGUAAACAUCAGCUGUGACGUCAAGUCCAACCCGCCCGCCACCAUGCUGUGGAGGAGAGAACGCCUCACCAUCUCAGCCGAGGGCACUGCCAACACACGCAUCCACACGACCGACGGCAAGUCCAUGCUAGAGGUCACCCCAGUGUCCGAUAGGGAUUUCGGACGCUACAACUGCACGGCCCGGAACAACAUCGGAGUGAAAUACCAGGAGUUCAUCUUGGCCCAGGCAGACGUGCCCUCGAACCCGUACUCAGUGCGCUUGUCGGCCGUGUCACAGCACAUCGCCACGGUGACAUUCAUGAAACCCGACUCACAUGGCGGUGUACCCAUUGGCCACUACCUGGUCAACUACAAAGAAGUGGGCUCGCAGGACUGGAGAGACGUCAAGUCACAUGGAGUCCAGACGAUAGUACUGCUGACAGGCCUAGAGCCCAACACCACCUACGAAGUGCGAGUGGCUGCAGUCAAUGGGAAGGGCCAAGGGGAGUUCAGUCACACGGAGUCCUUCCAGACUCUACCCAUACGUGAGCCCAGCCCUCCGGCAGUGCAUGGCCAGAGAGGGAUGGGAAAGACCUACCGGCUGGGCCUUGUCAAGCAAGACGACGGGGGCAUGCCCAUCGUGGAGUACAUUGUCAAGUACAAGACAGACAAGGAGGAGCAGUGGAUGACGAAGCUGGUGUCGGGGCAGCAUGACUUUGCCCUGCUGCAGCCGCUGCAGUGGAACAUGCGCUACGAGGUGGAGAUCACAGCUCGCAACGUCAAGGGCCUUUCGGAGCCCACCUUCUACCAGUUCUUCAUGCCCCAGAAACCCGACAUCAUAGCUGCAGGGACUCUGAGACUAGUCAGGAUCGAGGCAAAUAUGAACACAGCAAAGUACAGAGAGAUCCUUGAUGAAAACCUGCUCCAGAGCGCUCAGGACCUUAGACUGGGUCGAAGGUUCACCUUCCAACAGGAUAAUGACCCUAAUGACACAGCCAAGACAACGCAGGACUGGCUUCAGGAAAGGUCUCUAAAUGUCCUCUCUAGCCAGAUCCCGGACUUGAACUCGAUCGAACAUCUCUGGAGAGACCUCAAAAUAGAUGCGCAGCAACACUCCCCAUCAAACCUGACAGACUCAGUGCUGUAA